UUCCCAACCACGAUUUUUUUUCUACGCAUUUCUCCUCGAAAUAAUAAAAUUGCAUUGAUACUAGUACUAGGUAUGAAAGUAAAUAUAAAUGAAAGUCAAGACAGAGAGAUCGGGUUUGAAACCGAGCAGGGGAUCCCAAUAGAGCCACAGAUCACCACGAAAAACACUGAUUCCCAACCGCAACCACUAGGGAAGACCAUACCCUCCACGAUACGGUGGCUCACCAAGCAACGCAAACACACAGGGGAGGUCGGAGGGGGAGAGCAGGGAAUGGCUUCACCAAAGGAUGAGACCACCAACCUGGGAGAAGCAUCACCAUCCUGAUCUAUAUGAUGCGUCCAGGUUGCAAUCUCCGGAUCCUACAAUGAGCAAGCCCAUAACAAAGAAUCCAAGACCCGAAAGAAGAGUUGUAGCAAAACAGAAGGCCACAACGACAUGGAUAAAUCACAAAUGGAAAUCCGAUUGAAAAUGCACAAAAUAAAGGCUAAAGAAACAAAGCGGAAGGAUGAGAGAAGGCAGAGCACAAUUUAAACCAAAAAGUUGAGUGUUGUUUUGUUGUUGUAGGUUCUUUCUACAUUUGAUUACACCCUUUUGUGACGUAUUAUUAUUUGUUUUUUUUUAAUUGUUUUGUUCAUGCAGGCUAUGAACGCAAACAAGAGCAGCAUGCUAAUACUUCAGGAGACGUUCAUAGAUAUAGUCGGGUCGCUUAUGCGGUGAACGUGACCGUUGACAUUCCAGCAAUGCAUGCCGAGAGAUCUGUUGAAGUUGGUGAACUUCGUCAACUUGAACAAAGAAGAAGAUGUUGUCCAAACAAUGUCGCUUCAUUUCAGUUUAAUGUUUGUAAUUAGUGCUGUUAGAUUAUGUACAGACCACUUGUUGUUGGACACAUGUUACUUAUCGUUGGGUACAGUAUACUCUAGACAAUAUAUAUACAGAGGGGUUUCCAGCUUACAGGCUGAGGUCAUUCUGCCAAUUCCUCUACACUCUCCUAUCUUAUCUUCUUCCUUCCUAAACCUAAAAGUUUACAUGGUAUCAAAGCAACAAAAGCUCUAAACAGCUAUGGUGGAAAUCCCUUCUACUCUUUCCGGAGGGAACACAUGUGGGAUCUUAUUUGGAAGCUAUGGAGAUCAAAGUAACACCAUUGGUCAAUACACCAACACCAACAAUGCUCGAGGUCCAUCAGAUCCAGAGUUUGGUAAUCCUUUCUACAUCAACGCAAAUGAAAACCUUGCUCAACCUACCAUUCCUAUAGUUUUGGAUGGUCCAAAUUACCAGAUGUGUUCUAGAGUUGUAAGGGUUGUUCUUAAGACGAAGUAUAAGUUGGGUUUCAUAGAUGAAUCUAUCCCAAUUCUAGAUCGUAAUGAUGACAUGUCUAAUAUCUGGGAUGCUUGAAAUACCAUAAUGCUCUGUUGGAUAACAAAUUCUCUUGAUAAGACUAGAAGUGUACAAACCCAUGAAAUGGAACAAGUUAUGUGGAAUGAGCUCAAGAAUCGCUUUGGACAAGCUAAUGCUCUCAAGCUAGAUAAUCUGCAGGAUGAGAUAUAUUCUUGCAAAAAAGGAACCAAGACAAGUACUCAGUACUACACUCGGUUAAAGGGACUAUGGGAGGAAUAAGUCAGUUUAAUCUAGUGAUGGCAAAUGGGUGGGGUGGGGUGGGGUGGGUAUCUCAAUAUCAGUACCCGCCGCACCAAGAGCAGGUCAGGUCGAGUCAACCCACUCUUACAUGUUAUUUAAAAAAAUAGGGUUAAUACCUUAGUUUGUCUUGACCUAUACGCAAACUUUCUUUUGACCCGUGGUAUCCGAAAUUGCUCUCUUGGCCCGAACUAUGUAUCAUACUUUCUAACUUCGCUCGGAGCAGGUUCGACCGUCAAAUUGGACGGUCAACUCCAUUGAUCAUUAGUCAAUGGCUAGCUCACUUGCCACAUUAGUGAACACGGUAUUAAAAAAAUUAAUUUUGAAUUUUUGUAUUUAUUUUCAUUUCUAAUAAUAAACUUAAUAAAUAAUUUUUUGAAAUUCUGUACUCCAAUUGAAUUUUUUCUGAUUAUUAAGUUAAUUAUUAGAAAGGAAAAUGAAUACAGAAUUUCAAAAAAUAAAUAUUUUUAUUCCGUGUUCGCAGACGUGGCAAGUGAGGUGGCCAUUGACUAACGGACAAUGGAGUUGACAUUCCAAUUUGACGGUCAAACUCGGCUCUGGGCCAAGUAAGGAAGUAUGGUACAUAGUUUAGGCCAAGAGAGCAAUUUUAAAUACCACGGGCCAAAAUAGAAAGUUUGUGUAUACUUCGGGCCAUAAUAAGGUGUUAACCCGAAAAAAUAUACACAAAAUUUUACUUUUUAUGAUAAAACGAAGGAAAACACUUUGUAAAUAAAAAAUAGUGAUAAUAUAUUGGGUAAUUGAGUUUAACUAGUUGAAGAAAAAACAAAAUAGGAUAAAUAUGAAUAAAUAUUAUAAGAAAUAGAGAUAGAAUGGGACAGGACAGGACAGGGCACGGCGGGUCGGGUCGGAAGUAGAUACUCUUGCCCCGCUCCAUGUUAUUGUGGAUCGGUUAAUACCCGUCUCAUCCCAAGUCAAGUUGGGUAAUACUUACCGGGGCGGGUUCAAAUUGCCAUCCCUAGUUUAAUCUUAUUAUACCCUCCAAUGUUGUGGAGGCAUUUAGAAUCAAGCAAGACGCAGAUUAUCUAAUCAGGUUCUUGAGGGGCCUUAACCCUAAAUAUGACCACAGAAGUUCCCAACUCUUCCUGAUGAAACGAUUUCCCACUAUUAUUAUUGCUUGUGAUAAUUUGUUGCAACAUGGACAAAAGUUGAAGGGUGGAGGGAACCUAGGAACUCAGGAGGGAAGUCAAUAUGUCGCCUUGACAAUAAGCAAUGGGAACAAUAACAAUUAUAAACCAAUAAGACAAAAGGAGAAGGAAGUGGGUUGUUCUGCAAUUACUGCAAGAAGACCAACCACUUUAUAAAGGAUUGUUGUAAAC